AUGGACACUGGUGGUAAACUGAAGAAGGGAGCCGGAGGGAGAAGGGGCGGCGGUCCCAAGAAGAAGCCGGUUUCUCGCUCCGUCAAGGCCGGUCUACAGUUUCCGGUCGGCAGGAUCGGCCGGUACCUGAAGAAAGGUCGCUAUUCGCAGCGUGUCGGUACCGGAGCUCCGGUUUAUAUGGCUGCUGUCCUCGAGUACCUUGCUGCUGAGGUUUUGGAAUUGGCUGGCAACGCAGCCAGAGAUAACAAGAAAAACAGAAUCAUACCAAGGCAUGUGCUACUCGCCGUGCGGAAUGAUGAGGAGCUCGGAAAACUUCUAGCCGGAGUGACAAUUGCUUAUGGAGGAGUUCUACCGAACAUCAAUCCGGUACUUCUGCCUAAGAAAUCUGAGAAGGCCGGGAAGGAGCCUGCGAAAUCCCCUACCAAGGCAACUAAAUCUCCCAAGAAGGCCUAA